CAUUCCGCUAUGUUUUCUUUGAAAUAAACGUUUUUAUCCUUUUCUGUCAUUCAAUAAUGAAUCAUUUUGUCUGCGAAUGAUUUACGAUUGCAAAAUGAUUGUACAGCAAACUACCGUAUAGACCAAAAUCAUCAAAAUAGCACUAUACUGCUUAUGUACCCAAAAAAAAACAAGCAAGAUAUUCUCGAAAUUUGAGUCUGCAUGCAAUUCCAUAUCUGAUUCACACACUCCAAAACAAGCACUUAACUUAAGUGAUCCUGUCUAGAAAUUCGAGAGCGGCUACAGUAAUCAGUUAUGCGCUUGAGUCGCUCAGUCGACGCUCAUAUUACGAUCGAAACUCACAUAUUGUAUAACAACCAGCGAUGUUUGGAUACAAAAUCAAUUCAAUGGAGAUGUUAAUCUAAUUGGUAUAGAAUUUAUUUAUAGUUUUUGUAAUGGGUGCGUAUAAAGUGUGUGUGUUAGUGAGCAUACUUUGUAUGUGUUUUGCUAUUGCAUUUGGUUUAAACGAUAGACCAUGCGUGGCACGUAAGAUAGCAGGGAAAUCGGUUGUAUGUGUAUGCAAUGCUACUUACUGCGACACAGUCACCCGGGAACCGCUUGCUAGUUACGCAUACACAGCAUACACUAGCUCACUGAGCGGAUUAAGAUUCAAUAAAACCCAAGCUGCGUUGAAACGAUUAAAUGAUACGGACGUAGAAUGUUCAGCAACAACGCUAGUGCUGCACCCAGACACGAUGUAUCAGACAAUAGAGGGGUUCGGCGGAGCGGUCACCGACGCCGCCGCCAUCAACUGGAAGAACCUUAGCGAGCCGCUGCAGAAAUAUCUUAUUGACUCAUACUUCAGCGACACCGGGUUGGAGUACAACAUGCUGCGCGUGCCCAUCGGCGGGUCGGACUUCUCCACGCACGCGUACGCCUACAACGAACUGCCCGCUGAUGAUGCACAGCUCACAAACUAUACGCUCACCAGCGAAGAUUUGAACUAUAAGAUACCAAUGAUAAAGGCGGGUAUGCAAGCUUCAAGUGCUCCCAUCCACGUGAUCGCGACGACCUGGUCCCCCCCGCCGUGGAUGAAGAGCAACAAUGCGUUCACCGGCCAUAGCCAGCUCAAGCCGCAGUACUACCAGACAUAUGCUGAUUAUCAUUACAAGUUCCUCCAGAAAUAUUUAGAGAAUGGUGUCUCAAUAUGGGGCAUCACUACCACUAACGAGCCUACCAACGGUCUGGUCGGCUUCCUGAACUAUAUCAACGAUCUAGGGUGGACUGCCGAAAGCAUGGGGAAUUGGAUCGUGAACAACCUGGGACCAACUAUACGUAACUCAACGUUCAAGGAUGUUAAAAUAUUAACCGGAGACGACCAGAGACUUACGCUUCCUUACUGGAUUAAUGUGAUGAUAUCGGAGCACCCCAAAGUCCUGGACUACAUCGACGGUAUAGCGGUACAUUACUACACAGACUUCUUAACGCCGGCCGCUGUACUGUCGGAGAUCACCAGGACUUAUCCUGACAAGUUCAUCAUUGCUACUGAGGCUUGUGAAGGUACGGCGCCGUUCGAGAAGCAUCAUGUUGACAUCGGCUCGUGGAUCAGAGCUAAGAAGUACAUCAUUGACAUUAUAGAUGACAUGAACCACAAUGUAGUUGGCUGGUUAGACUGGAACUUAUGCCUUAACGUGCAAGGAGGUCCGAACUACAUAAAGAACUUCGCCGACUCCCCGAUAAUCGUAUUCCCCGAGAGGGACGCGUUUAUCAAGCAGCCCAUGUUCUACGCUAUGGGUCACUUCUCUAAGUUUGUACCGCGGGGGUCACGAAGGAUCGGGGUCACUCGCAAGUGUGGCUGGGGUCCAUCCCUCUGGAGCGUCGCCUUUAUGACCCCUAGACAGAAUGUGGUCGUUGUCUUAUAUAAUGACCACAACAAAUCAGUGAAGGUAAAUCUCCAGAUAAACGGCAAUCAAGCUACUUUGGUGAUGGUACCCAACUCGGUGACCACUGUGGACCUACCACCAUACCUGUAAAUAGAUCAUUUUCAACAGAUUAGGUAUACAUACAUAUAUGGCUAUAUUUAUUGAAAAGUUUUAUGAAAAUGCAGGGCUUGUAGGGGAUACUAUCCGAAAGUAUUUACCUACAAAAGGUUUUGGUACUACAUAAACUACAUUGUAGUUGGCAGAAGAAGGCACUUUAUGACAAUCAGUGGUUUAAGAAAAUGUUAAUGAUGCAUUUAUAUUAAUGUUAAUUAAUACAUAGUUGUAAGAACGUUUUUGAGAUAUUUUUUUAUAUUUUUUCAAAUAAAUAGAAAACACUA